CAACUGAAUUCAUAUGGUUUGAAACAGUAACAAAACUAAAAUAAUUGCUGCCAACAUAAUUAAAACUGCAAGUAAAUGACAGUUGAAAAAAAAAUACCGUGUCUACUCUAUGAUUACGUUCUGUCGACUGUCAUUUCUCACUAUCCAACUUCCCGCUCUUUCUUAUGCUGUAUUGCUGUGUUUGUUUAUCAUUCUUGGAAUCAUUCUUAUUAGACUUUGGAGUGGAAAAUAAUAAUGGAUGGCGACGACAACUUUCUUUCGACACCAGAAGAAAUAUCGGCGGCGGCACAAUCAGUUACCGAGAACUUGUUGCCUACAAAAUCGCGGCGUCAGUAUGAUAAAUCGUAUGAGAAGUUCAUGGCAUGGAGACUGGAACACCAGACUACGUCAUUCUCAGAGAAUGUGCUACUGGCUUACUUUAAAAACCUCGACGAACAAUUCAAGCCGUCUUCACUGUGGGUGGAAUAUUCAAAACUAAAGUCAACGCUUAAUAUAUACCACCAGACCGACAUCUCUAAAUACGCCAAGUUACUGGCUUUAUUAAAACGGAAGUCAGAAGGAUUUAAGGCGAAAAAAGCAAAAACAUUUUCACCGGAGGAAUUAAAAAAAUUCAUUGAGGAAGCACCGGAUCAGAACCAUCUCUUUAACAAGGUUGCUGUAAUUCUUGGAAUAAUGGGGGCUUGUCGCAGGAAAGAGUUACAUGAUUUAAAAAAUAACAAUAUAAUUGAUGCCCAAGAAACUCUAGUGGUUCAUAUAAUGAACACCAAGAACCGAAUCGAUCGCACUUUUACAGUCACAGGGAAAUAUUAUCAUAUCUGUAAAAAGUACAUGAUUCUUCGUCCGGAUAACUGCAACGAUCUGAACUUUUUUGUACGGUAUGCCAACGGAAAAUGUUUUGCUCAAAAUAUAGGAUUAUUUUAAACACCUUCGGCCAGUUAGGAAAAAAUGUUGCAUCCUAUCUUGGUCUCCUAAAUCCAGAGCUCUACACAGGGCACUGUUUUCGAAGGACGUCUGCAACUGUAUUGGUAGAUGCUGGUGGUGAUGAAGUCCACAACGGUGUCAGAAUCAUAUAUAGACAACUCCAUUGCAAGCAAAAAAAAAAGUGUCAAAUACACUAAUGAAUUCCAUAGAAGAAACUACACCCCUGAAACCACAAUCCACAUACAUACCAGACCAUCAAUGCUCCCCAACUUUUACUCAGCAACCAGAUUAUAUCAACACCACCAACACUAGUAUCCCAGUCCCUACAACCACACCACUAACUAUAUCCCAAAUAAUAGAACAGAAUUCUGACAUCCAUAUAAAUAAUAAUAGCUUAACCACAUCCACCACUCCCAAUAUAAAUAUUUCUAACAACACAAUUCACAAUUUACAUCUUCAUUUUCAUAAAUGAAUAAAACUAAAUUUCUUAAAACAAACUGCGUUUAAUUUUGUCUUUUAUUUAAUCCCUAAGCAGUCGUAGAAAAAGUAAUGUAUGCAACGUUGUAUAAGUAGGUCAAAAAAGGCUCAUGGCGUCUUUAUUAACAAUUUUCGGCUUCGCCUCAAAUUGUUACACACGCCACUCACCUUUUUUGAACCCUCUUAUACAAUUAUUGCAUAAAAUACUAAUAUCUAUCUAUUAUAUCUAUGGACUUCUAGUAGUCUUAAUAAGAACCCAAUUGAGUUAAUUGUGGGGCUAAGUUAAGUUGUGUAAGAUUGCCGCCUAAUAUUUGAUAUUUACAUGCAUUUAAGUAUCGAAAAUCAUAGGCAUUGUAUUAUUUAGCAAAUAGUAUUUGUACAAUUUGCAUAUUAGAGACAAACAAUAAGAGUUUCAAUUAGAAACAAAGCUUCAACUUGUAUUGUCUAAUGAAUAUCAACGUUGUUAUUGUCUACUGAUCACUGGGCCAUAUUGUGCCUUAAUUGGCUUUGAGGUAAAUUAUAUAAUUAGUUAUUACGCCAGCGGCGCGUGCUUAAGCCAAGAAGCUGAAUGGUACCUUAUACCUAUUAUGCGCAUGACUGUUAUGCUGAAUAACGUAACGUAUUGUUUGUUGUUACAAAAAUGUUAUGCAAUAUCCGCAUUUUACUGGGAUAAUUUACACUAUAUUAACAGAAAAUUAUUACAAAAGUUGUGAAUGUGACAUUGUCAUAUCCAAAACGUUGUGUCGAUGUCAUAUAUUGUACGUUUAACAUUAUUCAACAAAAACGGAUAUGGUAAUAGUAAAAAUGCUUUUACUUCAUGAAUACCACUACAUUCAAAACAUUUGUUUGGUACUAUAAAUAGUAAACAUAUGUGCCUAAAUAAUGAAUAAGUUCUUUCAAAAUAUAAAACUUUCUAAAAAAAUGUUUUUUAUUCUUUUCGCUCUCCUGCAAACCAAUGUAAGUGGCAUAUGUCACAACGUAUUCUCACCCGACGGUUUAUUAUACCACUUAUUUGAUAAACAACAUACAGUUAAAAUCAUUGAACGUAGGAGCUUCGAAUUUGAAACUUGAACUUUUACAAUCGCUGCUUUUAGUGCUA